GGAGGAGAGAUAAAUGGGAAGUGUUGUAUCAAGAAGUGUUACGUGAAGGCUCUCAAUAUAAUAUUGCUACUCCUGAAUCUAUUUUGUCCUGGAUUCAAAAAUAUAGAAGACCAACUAAUAAUGUUCCACCGAAGCUUAUAUCCACAUAUGGAAAAGAUUUCAAGUUUCUUUGCCGUAAAGAAACAAAGGAACGACUUUGGAAUGGAACUUUGGAUAAGAAUGGUGUUAAAAAACGUUACUAUGCAUUGCUGAACAAUAUUAAAGACCGUAAUUUCCAUCCAAUUCCAUUUAUUGCAGCAAGACCCGGUACUGGAAAAACUCGAGUAUUGGAAGAAAGUUUGAAUAUGUUGCAACAAUGCGCAGAAAAUGAUAGUGAUUCUGAUUUGAAAAAACUGGUAAAUAAUGCUGUGUUGAUUAAUGUUACCUAUGGGAAUGGUAGUGCUGCCUCUAUAACAGACAGUAAUAUUGGUGGUGAAAUAAGUUUGCCAUUACGGAUUCUCUAUCGAUACUUUGUGGAAGGAGUUCCUGAUUUAGAAUUUGUCACUUUUACCAUCACAUUAGAUAUUAACAAAGAAAAGGUCAUGAUUAUCAACUGUAUAGAUGAAGUUAACAAUUUAUAUGAAUUAGAAAAUUCAACUUUUGAGACUAUGGUAAAAGCUGUUGGUUCAUCAUGUUGUUCUAUGCAUCCUCCUUUACCUAUUCCUCUUCCGCUAUCGGGGAUGGACCACAUGCUAGAAAUUGGACGAAGUUUGCAGUUUCCAGUUUACACAAACCAUCAUUUUCAUCGAUGUCUUGGUGAUGUUGGUGGUCAUUGUCGAACAUUGGAAUUCUUUUAUCAGCGAUGCUCUAAUUACAUUGUCAACACUAUUGAUUUUCUACAGGUUAUGACUGAUGUUCAUGUAUUAUUAAAGGAACGUUAUGCAUUUGAGGAAUUUGCUCAAGAUAAUUCUGAUAUUAUUGCUGGUUGCUUGCUAGAUGAGGUAAUGAUUCUUUAUGAGAGAAUAAAAGAAUUAAGACAAUAUGGAAUUGUAAUUUUAGAGGAGAAUCAUAGCAAUGGAAUG